CAAUGUUUGAAAAACGCGAUUCACAUUAAAGAAAUUCUUCAGUAGUCGUUGAUCGUUAGAAGUGUGAAUUUCAAAUUUUGCGAAUACUAUUUUAUUUCAAAAGUGACAACAAAAUAAUUGAAUUUAGUUUUGUUUAAGUAAAAUUAUGGCCGAUGUUCCGAGAAUAAUAGAUCUACCUUCAGUUAUAGAACCCCAUUUGAAGGGUGCUAAAUUGGUAUCGUAUGCCAGUCGUUACCUUACCAAGGCCGGCGAUAAUUAUGGCAGUGUUAUAUUGGCAAUUAUGGCCAAUGUACAAAAACCUUGCGGAGAAAUAGAAGAACUACCACUGGUGGCUAAAUUACCUCCCCUAACGAACGAAUUGUUUUGGGAAAUGUUCCAACCGGAACGUACAUGUCUUACAGAAAAUGCUGUUUAUCAAUAUUUAAGUCCUGCCUUGCGUUCAUUACAGCUGGAAGCUGGUAUUGCAGAGAAUGAAAUAUUUGAAGGUUUUCCAGAGUAUUAUGGCAGUCGUAUAUCUUUAAAUCCAGAUGCCGAGAAAGUAGAUAGAGAUGCAGUGCUGGUGCAGGAAAAUCUACAGACAUCGGGCUUUAAGGCUGGCGAUCGUCAUAAGCCUUUUGAUUUGGCCCAUACAAAAUUGAUUUUAGGCGAAAUGGCCAAAUAUCAUGCAUUGCCAAUUGCAUUGAGAUUAAAAAAACCGGAAGUGUUUAAUAAGUUUAUCAGGCCUUAUUUUAAGAAAUUUAAUAUGAAUACGGGAAUGGCGCCAGAGGUUAAGUCACAAAUGGAAGCGGAAUUAUAUCAAGAAGUGGCCAAUGCUACCAACAAUAAUGCCAACUGUGUGGAACGUGUCAAAGAGCUUAUGCAGGAGUAUGAUAUCUUUGUGGCCAAACCAGAGAAAGAAGAUGACCUAUUUACCUCCAUAGUACAUUGUGAUAUGUGGAUUAAUAAUUUAAUGAUACAGUAUGAUGAAUGCAGCCAACCUAGCAAAGUGAAAUUUGUCGAUUUCCAAAUAGCCCAAUAUGAAAGCUGUGUGCACGAUAUUAUUUUCUUGCUAUUUUCGAGUGUAGAAAUUUCUGUGCUGGAAUAUCAUGUUGAUGAGCUGUUACAGUUCUAUUAUCAGACAUUUAUAGAAUGUUUAAAAUCUGUUCAUAUUUCCACCAAUGAAUAUUCUUUUGUCGGAUUCAUGAAGGAAAUACACAAAUGUGCAGGCAUUGAAAUUUGUCAUGCUCUUUUUAUGACUAAAAUUAUAUUGGCCGAUAACAGCACCAUGCCCGAUGAUUAUAAGGACAUAAAUAUGGAUGUUUUAAGUCGCAAUGUGGGUAAAAAGAAUAUUACAGAGAAAACUGCUGAUAUUAUACGGAUUGGCCAGAAAUAUAGGUUUUUCGAUAAAGACUAAGGAAUUUUAGAAUUAAAUCAGAUGAGGCAGUUUAUUAUUAUAAAAAUGAUCUAGUUGAGCCAAAAAAAAGAAACAUACAUACAUAAAUAAUAAAUAUUAGUUUUAAGUUAAGAAAUUAUACAUAAAUAAAACAAAGACAAGUAUUUUUAAUGUAUAGAAAA